AUUUUGCAAGUGGACCUACGAUCAUUCAAACUAGUUUGUUCAACGAUUAACAUCGUCUCUAUCUAGUGCUUAAAUAAAUACAAUAAUAAAAACCAUGUAUUAUAUUAGUCAUAUAUUAACUAUUUUGGGAUUCAUUUUCUGUAUAAGGGUGGAUUCCCAAUUACUUCACAACACUCGUGUAGUUGGUGGUGCACCAACAACCAUAGAUAAAUAUCCCAUACUAGCUCAGCUGCUACUAGACACCUGGGGAAACCAAACCUAUGAACAGCACUGUGCUGGAGUUAUAUUGACCUCCCGGCAUGUAAUAUCAACGGCACAUUGCUUUCAAAACAACGAGCAGAGUAGCAAAGACUACACUCAACCUCGAUACUGGAAGAUACGCGUCGGUUCAACUUAUCGCUCCCGAGGUGGAAUUAUACACAGCAUUAAAACUAUAAUUCCUCAUCAUGCAUUCGACAAGUAUUUUUACACAAAUGAUAUCGCUGUACUUGUUGUUUCAAAGUCAUUUGUAUUUGGAAGUAACAUUCGACAAGGAACUGUUAUAAGACACGGUGUAGAAGUAAAGCCGAAUUCAAUAUGUACGCUGCUUGGAUGGGGAUCAAAACAGGUCGACGGACCUCGACUAGAACAACUACAGCAUGCGUCUUUAUAUGUGAUAGAUCAAAAAGUUUGUGCCAGCAGAUAUGGUACAAUAAAAGCUGUAAUCGCUGACACUAUGAUGUGUGCUGGUGAACUCAACGUCGCUGGAGUGGACGCGUGCUUCGGGGAUUCAGGUGGACCUUUGAUAUACAAGGGUCUGGUAGUCGGCCUUGUGUCAUUCGGGUACUCCUGUGGACAUCACUACUAUCCUGGCGUAUAUACAAAAAUAUCUCGGUAUACCGAUUGGAUUGUAAGAACAGUUUCAAAUAAUAAAUAA